AUGCCCGUGAUUCUAGUGACAGGCGGCAAUCGAGGCAUUGGGUAUGCCAUAGUCCAAGCACUGGGAACUCGGAUUCGCGAUGCCACUAUCCUAGUCGGCUGCCGAUCCGUAGAAAAUGCUCGAGAACCUAUUAUGAAGUUAAAGGAAUUAGGAAUUCCGGAGAUAUUUGAGCCUGUCGAGAUCGACAUCACUGACGAUGCGAGUAUUAAAGCCGCUGUACAGACAGUCGAGGAAGGGUACGGAAAGCUUGACGUUUUGGUCAACAAUGCCGGUGCCGUAACGCUACCAAAAUCGGACGACUUGACCGAGCUUAGGAACAACUGGACUGAAGGCUUCAACUGUUUAGUGACGUCCCAAGUCCUCGUCACGAAAGCAUUCCUGCCACUCCUUCGCAAAGCGGAAUGGGGUAGAGUGGUCAUGAUUUCUAGCGCUCGGGGAAGCCUAGCUAGAAACAAAUCCAUCGAGAAGAUGCCUCCUACACAGCACUGGCUGUAUAAUUGCUCCAAAGCAGCACUCAAUCUCGUAACGAUUGAGUUUCGAAAUGCCGAGUUAAGGGAGGUAGCCAAUGAAAUGGAUAGGAUCACUAUCUGGGCAGCGAGCCCAGGCUCUUGCAAAACAGGCUUCAACAGUUUUAGGGGCAUGAAAGAUCCCCUGGAAGGAGCUGAGGUCACUGCGAGAUUAUUAGAAUCUAGACGGUUAGAGAUACCAUCAGGAACAUUCUGGGAGUUUGAACAAGGGAAUUUUCAGCAAGUCCCUUGGUAA